AUGAUCUGUGCUGCUGUGUCGGAUGAAGGAUCCGCCGCUACAGCGCCGUUUGUAGCUCCAGCGCUGAGGAAAGUGUGUUUGCCGUUUGUCCCUGCGACUACCGAACAGGUCCAAAACGUCUUCCAGAGAGCCAGAACAGGAAACGUGGUGGACAUUGGCAGUGGAGAUGGGAGGAUAGUGAUAGCAGCAGCAAAGCACGGCUUUCAGGCCUGUGGCUUCGAGCUGAACCCCUGGCUGGUGUGUUACUCCCGCUACAAGGCCUGGAGAGAGGGCGUCCACCACUCCACCUCCUUCUACAUCUCUGACUUGUGGAAGGUCAGUUUUGCACAGUAUUCCAAUGUUGUAAUUUUUGGAGUCCCUCAAAUGAUGGACCAGCUGGAGCUGAAGCUGGCAAGCGAGUUACCGAGCUCAGCCAAGGUUGUGGCCUGCCGAUUCCCCUUCCCCACCUGGGUACCUGAACACACUGCCGGAGAGGGCAUAGACACUGUGUGGGUGUACGAUGCCAAGACAUUUAAAUCAGACCAGCAACACGGAACAACAGAGAAGACAACAUCGGAACAUGAGGACAUGCCAGAUUCACACACAUAAAUAGAUACACUAAGGUGUGGUUAACAGUUCUUGUGAUCACACACUGUAGUCUGGGGUGGAACUGACAUUUGAAAUCCAUGCUGUUUCUUUUCUGGACCAGGAGUGGACCUGAAGCAUCUCAAAGUUGGAUGUUUUUUAUGGAAAU